UCCCGGCUGUGCCUUCUUGUGGCCGGGGCGCUCGCCUCACCCUCUUACCCGGUCAAGUUCCACCAACUUAAUAACUUCAAGAUCGUUGGUGGCGAAGAUGCAAAGCCCGGAGAAUUUCCUUACCAGAUAAGCUUCCAGGAUCUCACUUAUGAAACACCUUUCCCCUUCUGCGGUGGUUCCAUUUACAAUGAGCAUUGGGUCAUCACUGCUGGUCACUGUGUCUACGGCGAAGACCUGGACAAGCCUGAUUACCUCCGAAUUGUGGCUGGUGAGCUCGAUAUGUCUGUGGAGGAAGGCACCGAACAGCAUAGAGCUUUGAAGAAAAUCGUCCUGCACGAAGAAUUCAACGGAUUCUAUUUAUACAACGACAUUUCCCUUCUUAUGUUGAGUGAACCCCUAGAGUUCGACGACUUCGUCUCGGCCAUUGAACUUCCAAAAAAGGGUCAGGAAUCCUCUGGUGACUGUGUUAUCACAGGCUGGGGCGCCUUGGAAGAGGGAGGCGCAGACCCCAACAUCUUACAGAAGGUGUCUAUCCCUAUCAUGCCAGACGAAGAUUGCCGCGCUGACUAUGGCGAGAGUGAGAUAACUGAUUCCAUGAUCUGCGCUGGUAUUCCUGAGGGAGGUAAGGAUUCCUGUCAGGGUGACUCUGGUGGACCCAUGGCUUGUAACAACGAAGACGGCUCCCGCUACCUGGCUGGCGUCGUGUCCUGGGGAAAUGGAUGUGCCCGUCCAAAGUUCCCUGGAGUUUACACUGAGGUGUCUUACUUCGUUGACUGGAUCGAGGAACAUACCCAAUAA